AUGUCCGUGGAUUGCAACACGGAAAAACUAGCAACACUGAUGCAAUGUUCACCAGUUAGGGAGGUAACCGAGCAGCAAACUCAAAUGGCUCUGACUGAUACUACAAAACGUUCUCUUGUGAUUAAAAUUGCCUACAAACAUCUCGGCACGUCCACACAAUAUCCAUAUGGGAAGCACUUCGCGGACGAUGGUAAAGUUGUAGUGGACAGCUACAAAAAGAACAAGGAGAAUAAGAGAAGGAACAAAUCGGAUCAAUCAGUGAACCGCCUGCUUCUGGGAUUCCUCCCAACUGGUCAAAAACUGGUGCUCACCAAUUGCCCAAUGACUUCCCGUAAUAAUGGUUCGCUACCCAACACGAGCGCCAAAACAGAAAGCUGA